AUGACCUCCAUCACCGCCCUCACCCUCACGGGCCUCACCCUGCUCUCAACAGCCAUGGCCGACGCAAAUAUGACGCCCGAUUACGAAGUGAAGCUUCUCAUGAAUCCUGCCAUCGUGCUCAACCCGGCAGACCACAAGCUCACUCCCACUGUCCUCUCGACCUUCGCCAUGCCCACUAGCGUGAUCAAGAUGAAUGUCCAGUUUAUGGACACAUCAGACAAGGAGAUCUACAACGCCGGCUGGUCACUCCGCAUCCGCAAAACCGAGGACGAGGAUGACUUCGAGCUCACCUACAAGAAACGGUACCCCGUGACGAACGGCAAUAUCGACGCCGCGCUCACCACAGCCAACAGCCAGGGCUUUGACGCCAGCGACAUCAACUACGAGGCACAGAUCGAGUGGGGGUAUCAGAAACAGACCCUGUCCAUCAGCCGGCAAAAGACAGCCUCGGACAGCGGCUACUCUGGCAUGGACCUGCCGGGUACCAGCAAUUCCCGAGACAUGCUCAUCGACGAAGCGCCAGACAAGUUUGACGACUGGGUCUCCAACAACUGGGGGACCGCGGCGCUCGCGUCUGCCCGCAUAUUUGGGCCCGUGCUGGCCAAGCGGUCUGUCGGGACCUGGAACAACACAAAGCUGUACAUUGAGGUGUGGCCGAUCAAGGAUGCUGCGGGUACGGGGACGGAGUACAUUGUUGAGGCCUCGUUCAAGACGGAUAGUCGGACGACGGCAUCUCAGAAACACGACGCCCUGAUGACAUUUUUGCAGGGGAAAGGGUGUAUUCCGACUCUCCGAAAAGAUAUGAUGAAUCCUUUGAGCGUCUGCUUCAUCGUCACCUUCCGACUCCUCCUCACUAUCCUCCUCACCAUCUUCCUCGCUAUCCUCCUCGCUAUCCUCUUCGUCAUCCUCCUCACCCUCCCCGUCAUCCUCCUCAUUAUCCUUCUGAUCAUCCUCCUCAUCGUCUUUUUCAUCGUCCCUUUCACAGACCCCUUCACUAACCUCUUGUGGGCUGUUUGUUGCGGCAUCUGA